UUCGAGUGCUGAUUACGGUAACAGUGCUGGUACGGUAGCUGUUAGUUUAAGUUGAAGGCUCCUAGUUUCACCAUGGAGAACGACACCCGAAGUAAAGAUUCUCAUAAUUCGCUAUGGAUCAUGCAAAAGGGUACAACGACGAUGUUCAUCGCCGAGAUUUUGGGUACAGGGAUACUUCUAUUUGUUGGAUGCAUGGGUUCCCUCGGAACGAUGGGGCCGAUAUUACCGCCGCCAUUACAGACAUCCAUGGCGUUCGGUAUGACUGUCAACCUUCUGAUCAUGAUGUUAGGGCACAUAAGUGGUGCACACAUGAACCCCGCUGUCACGAUAGGCGCAGUGAUAUUGGGAAUUAAAACUAUUCCAACGGGUAUAGUUUACACAAUAGGACAAUUCAUUGGUGCUACCGUCGGAUAUGGAUUAUUGAUGACUAUAACUCCGCCCGAGUUGUUCAACGAUGGAUCGAACUCGACGAUGGGACACUGUGUGACGGCAAUUCAUCCUGGAAUUAGCAUAACGCAAGCCAUUUUAAUCGAGGUUCUGUGCACAUCGUUCAUACUUUGCGCAGCAUGUGCGACUUGGGAUCCACGAUGCGCGCACACUACGGAUUCUACGGCAAUAAGAUUUGGUUUCUCCGUUGUUGGAAUUUCACUUGCCGCGAGUCCAUACACUGGAUGCAGCAUGAACCCUGCGCGUACCUUCGGCCCCGCAUUUUGGAACGGGAACUGGAAGGAUCAAUGGGUUUACUGGUUUGGACCGACUGUUGGUGCUUUCCUUGGAACGUACACUUACGUGUUCCUUUUCGCAGAGAAGAAAGAAGACAUGCAGAAUGAACGUAUCGAAUUACUAGAAAUGAAAUCGGUUAAAUCCUCGAGAUACGAAGAUGACGUGAAUUCGAUUAAAGGAAAAAAUAUCAAAGAGGAAAAUCUCGAAUUCAUACCUCACAAAGAAGAAAACAACGCUUAACAAUUUUUAAGGUACGACCAAUACGGUUAUCAUCUGUCAGUAAUCGUCUUCAGUGAUAUUCGAUGUAGUUGACGACGCCUUCACAGGUGUCGCUGCACGCUCCAAAAUGGCGCGGAUUUGACUUGCAUUUUUACGUCAUUCUAAUUCUUACGAUGCUUGUAUUAUUUCAAAGAACAAAUUAACGCUAUUUGUUCUCUUUAUUCAUUAGUUUAUCGUAUAAAUGUGACUUUUCUAAUUACUUUACGAUUAUGUAAUUUUAAGUUGUACGAAUAACAUGGUGAUUCCAUUAAUUUAAAUGCUUGAAUGACAGCUAAUAAUGACUGAAAUCGUGAUACUAGUGGGAGAAAAUGACAUUAGUUUAAAUAAUACAAGAAUUCGUAUCGCUAACUUAAAAGUUCGCACGUUUGUACAGGAAAAAUAUAUUUGAGUUGACUCAAACACUUGGUAAGACGUAAUUUCUCUUAAAUACGACAUUCAUAGCGAUAAGAUAUAAUUUUCCAAGUAUUUUUCACUCGAUUGCGGAUACACCAUGUACAUAUAAGCUUUCCAUUUAAAAUUAUUUUCUCAAUAAUCUCAACGUCCUUGACAAUUAAAUCAAUGUACUUAUUAUACACCAAGAAUAUAACGAUUUUAAGAAUAUAGUCGUGACACAACGUUUAUUCCUGACAUGAGAAUUUUGCGCAGCAGAUGAUAUUCCCCAAGUACGUCGUCACAAUGUGAAUCGAUAAUGGGGCGGUUCGUAGAUGCUUCUAGAAUUUUAAGCUCCAGUCACACCUGUAUCCUGCUUAUUGGGGUUGAAUUACUGAGAAACAUCUACGCACCGAUUGUACAAAUAUUGCUCUCGAUUCGCGAAUCUUGCGCAUUUUAGAAAAAUCCAAUUAUCGUAUUAGCGGUAUUUAUAUUCGUCGAAUAAUUCGUUUAGAUUAAGCUGUUAUUUUUACAGCGUGGCAAAGCCAACGUGUCUCUGCAAUUUUAUUACUUAUGUACAAAGAACGUCGCGCCGAUCCAGACAAAGCAGAGAUAGGGUGAGCAGUAUGAAACAAAAGUUUGUUUCUGCUGAGUUACGCUGUAUCGUGUAAUACGUAGACCGCGAGGAGAACCAAUGGUUUUAAACCUAUCAUUAGCUUUGUUCUACAACGGGUUGAUAUUUUUUUGCGAAGGAUAUUAUUAGGACGUGCAAUUGCUAUCAGUUCCAAACGUAUAAUUAAUUCGGGUAAAACGGGGAGCAACAUUAACGAACAAAUUAGACGUUUGUCAAAGAUUUAACUGUUCUCUCAUGGACUCGCUCUUUUAAAGCCCUCUAAUGAUACACCUUUUACAGUCCGUUUUCGUGUAUUUUCCUGCGCGAACGAUACCGGAAUUCUAACCGCAGCGUGUUGACAAAAGAAAAUGGAAUACAAAACGGGGAGACAGUUCUCAAGUUAUCUGAAACCGCAGAACAUUAAUCGCAUUCCGGCCUGGCUACGCGUAUCUGUAUAAAUUAUAAUUAACGGAGCUCUGCACGAUUAUUUGGACACGACAUUUCCAGUUUAUUUUAUGCUUUGUACGAUUCCAAACAUGUCAUCGGGACUUUACUUUCCCGAGGUCGUGGCUAAUUGCAUGUUUAAAUGCAACUUCAUCCGUUCAAAAGGAACGACGAAAGAGUACACGGUCAAAAGCAUGUCAGUGUAUAGAAACAAAAAGCACCGUUUUGUAUUUAGCGUAUAAAACGACUCUUUCUCUCUUUCUCUCUACGUGUAUAUACGUAUACAUAACACACAAGAGCGCGAGACAAGUACACAUACACGUGCGCGCACACUCGUAUACGUAUAUGUAUACACCAUGUAUAAAACUCGACCGCUGCAGCUAUUGAUUACCUACUGCAUCCGUCCGUGGAACGUUCUAGAGAGACCGAGAGACCGAAGCACUUGAAAUACGUUAUAUACGGUCUCUUUUAAAUUCAUUCUUUUCCACGUUCUCAACCAUAUUAUUUCACUCGGUAAAAAUAAAACUGGAUGCUUAUAUAUACGUAGUUUCGAUUAAAUCUUCUAGCAGAAACUUAUAGCAGAAUUCAGGCCUCGUUUUGAUACUCGCUCGAUAGGAAGAUGGCUGCUUCGUUGCGCGUAGCAACUGCCGAUAAAAGAUAAUUCAGGAACGUGAACGGCCACGACCCGCAAGGUGUACGAACGUUAUAAACGUCACAAUGCAUCGAGCUAUAUAAAGACGCGCAUCGCUAGCUACAUGCUAGCUUCUAAAUAUAUCCGACGACCUCACGGUUGCAUAAACGACACAACUAAAUUUACGGUAUUCAAUGCGGGACGAGCGCCGUCUGAGUAUAUCGAAUCGUUGUGUAGCCACGAAACCGUAUCGUUCCAGAAUGUUACGGGUCCGUGCACCUGAAGGAGCGCAUUGAAAACAUUAGGAGACACGCGGUCUGCAUCCGGCUGGAUGCGUCGACCGACAUAUUCCGGUUCCAUUCUUGCCUCUCCUGCUUGCGUGCGAAUCUAUCACGAACAUCUGCGCAUUAUUGUAUUCCCGUUUCUACGACCAGGCCGGCCGGCAGUUUCCUUCUUUAUCCUUGUCCCCACGAAGUUAAUCCCGUUUCGCUAUUCCGUCUAUUAUACGUUUGGAAAACGUACAAAAGACCCCAUGCCAAUGGGUAUACCGAGCGUCUUGGCCACGACCCUUAUUCCCAUGAAUAAACUCGUAUCAAUUACGCGUCUUUUAGCCAAGACACCGUGCACCUAGGCCAGAAGACGCGCUGGGAAAAUCGAUAGAGCUACAGCUGUCGCGCGAAGCCUGUAUUGCGCAAUAAUACGUGCCCUUUGCGUAAAGACGAAAUGCAUCGGGUUUGGAAGAUCGUCGCGUCGCGUAAUUAUGCGAACGCGAUAAAAUUAUCGCGUGAUUAGCGUGUCACGUUACUUUUCCGGCCGUGGUCAACCGCAAUAACCUCGGUAUGUUGACCCAUGUCGCGUUAUAUGUGGCUCACGUGUGUUUGCAAACACGAUGCCAUCUAUUGCGUCAUAUGCGCUGGUAUUACGGCCACGCCUUUGAAUUAUCUUAAGGUAACGAGCUUCCUUCUCUUCUUCUGCGUCACUUUUUAUCCUACCUUAUCGACCGAAUUCGUUUCCAGUAACAUAUGGUUGCGAAUAACUGCUCAGUUUUGCAGAUUUACGAAAAAUUAUGUAGCAAUUCGGUGAACAUUUGCUGAAUGAUUCCGACGAAAAGGAAUAUUGCAUCACCAUAGCGUCUAUAUGAACAAAGAUAUGCUGUCUCGCUUAUUCUUGCGGAACAAUAAACUGCAAUCUUAUCUCCGACUAUUAAAGCCAAUAGAAACGAGAGAAACGUUCAUUCGAAGCUUAGAUACUCGUAGAAUAUAAGCCGACGAUGUAGGAAACCAUGUUUCCUAAAAUUCCGUCUUUAUACCGCUAAGAUAAUUAACGAGAGGCGUGACUCAGCCUGGAACGUUCUAGAAACACGCGUAGAAACUUCGACCGUUAAGGGCGACCUCGGACUGUCCUUGAUUUCGGGAAUUACGUAUUUUCUUGGUAUAGCCCUUUCCCCUGACGUAACGACGAAAACAAACAGCCAAAUAACACGAGGUUAGUCGUUCCUUGUUUCCAUCACGCACGUAUUUCAACCGUUUUAACCGUACAAAACCGAGAAGGAAGAAGCGUUCGUUUGUGUGAGUUAGGUUAUGGUGGGGUUAGGUGGGAGAAUGUACCAGAAAUCUCGUCUCUCGCUUCCUCGAUCAAUACUCGGUUUUUCCUUAUUUUUUCCCCGAAAACACGGAAAAUCGGAAUGAUCUUAUAAUAAAACGAUAGCUCUCGACACGAGAAACACGGUGGUAUUAGUGGCUCCUGGAUAACCUAUGGAAAAUCGACGAAAUCGUACGUGAAAAGAAAAUGCGCAUUAGGUGCCGGUUGCCGGUGCAACUUCUCGAACGUUCAGCACUGCGACGCCGCACGCCUAUAUAAGAGGGCCGGCCGGCUUGACUCGGCGCAUUCGUAAACAAACUUUCGUUCAGUUCGGACGCAGAGAACACCCGAAGACCCACCAACCAGUGAACAUACCUCUACUUUCUUUUACGUGGUCCACGAGGCUGCUGACAACACGACGUGAAAAUGUAGACGAGACGGAUCGGUGCGGAGCGCGACAGUUUACCUGCACCCUACGGGGUCGGUGCUUGAACAAUCCGUACGCAACCAUAAUCUGGUCUGAUUAGAGUUCGAAAUUUCCUCACACAUUUUGAACAAUUUGAGAAGAGCACCUCGAGAUACAUGCUAUUAGUUUAGAGCAGACUCGUAGUUUGAGGUCGAGAAAAUAUCGUCGGCUCCAUCUUGUCUAAACGAAUACUACCACGAGGGCAAACGGAACGUUGGAAUUGAGAACAAAAAGUACACA